AUGGAAAAAAUAAGAAUUAGAUUAGGAUUUGAUAGCUGUUUUUGUGUGGACAGCCGAGGUAGGAGUGGUGGUCUAGCCUUACUUUGGAACUCUUCCAUCGAAGUUGACCUCCUCACUUACACUAACAGACAUAUUUCAGCCAUUAUAAAGCUCAUCUCAGAAAAUUCCAAACGGCUAGUUACUGGCUUCUAUGGUCAUCCCAUGACUACAAAAAGGCCUGAGAGCUGGAACCUGUUAAAGGCUCUAAAACCUGGUGAUAAUACCCCUUGGCUUUGUUUUGGCGACUUUAAUGAGAUCACCUAUCAAAAGGAAAAAGUUGGGGCCACCCUUAGACCUCAUAAACAAAUGGCUAAUUUCAAAGAAACAUUAUCUUCAUGUGGCCAUUAUGACUUGGGUUAUCAUGGUGACAGAUUUACUUGGGCAAACAAUACGGAGGGGGACCAAUACACUAAAGAGAGGCUUGAUAGGGCCUGUGCCAACAACUUUUGGAUUGAAAAAUAUGGCACCCAUGCAGUAUCCCAUUUGGAAAGUACCCAAUCAGACCACAAACCACUACUAAUUCAAUCAAAGGGACAAGAUAAUGAUCACAAAAGAAACAAGAUCUUCAAGUAUGAAGCAGCAUGGAGUAGCUUGGAGGACUGUGAGAGUAUUAUCAAAAAGGCAUGGGCAUCCUCAGCUCAUAAACCAAGGGCCAUUCAAAGAAUUCUUCAAGGACUCAGGUUCUGUCAAGAGGACUUGAAACAAUGGAACAGAAGCAAUCAGAAGAACAAAGGGCAGUAUCUCAAAGCUAAAACUGACAAGCUAAACCAUCUGAAGAACAUGAAUCAAGGUCACCUAAGUGCUAAAAUAAAGCUGGUACAGAAAGAGCUGAAUGAUGUUAUGGAUGUAGAAAAUCUUAAGUGGCAACAAAGAGCUAAACAGGCAUGGCUAAAUGAUGGAGAUUGA